UUUCUUGUUCAUAAAGAAACACUCCCUCAAGAAAUCAACCAACAAGUCAUCUCUCUCUCUCUAUAUAUAUAGACGAAGACGAAGAGGGCUUUACUGUGUUUUUCCAUUAUUGCAGCAAACAAAAAGAAAAAGAAAUGCAUCUGUACAAUGCUUGGCUUCCUCCGCCAGUCGCCGACGAGACGAAGAGAGAGAGAGAAUCGUUCGCUCGCGUCGUCUCCACUGUCAAGGAGCUGUAUUUGCCCGACGAUCCUGAAUCGGUCUAUUCCACUCUGAAAUGGAUCUCCGUAAUCGACAUUUUCAUAAAAGCAAAAAGUGAAGUAUCUUUGGAAGAUGUGGCUGCCCUUGUGGAAUUGGGGUUGGAAUUGUUUUUCACGUCACAUAACAAACUUCAUGCCCAGGUUAGAUGGGGAAGUAUCCUAGUGAAGUUACUGAACAAAUACCGAAAGAAGUUGUCCUUGAAAGUUCAAUGGCGGCCUUUCUAUGAUACAUUGGUCAAUACGCACUUUACAAGGAAUACAGGCCCAGAAGGGUGGAGAUUGAGACAGAGACAUUUUGAGACUGUUACUUCCCUUGUUCGAUCCUGCCGGAGGUUCUUCCCACCAGGUUCCGCCUCUGAGAUAUGGUCUGAAUUUGGAUCUCUGUUAGAAAAUCCAUGGCAUAACUCAUCCUUUGAAGGUGCUGGGUUUGUGAGACUGUUUCUUCCUACAAACAUUGACAACCAGGACUUCUUUUCACAGGAUUGGUUUAAAAUAUGUUUAGAUCAGUGGGAUUCAAUUCCAAAUUGCCAGUUUUGGAACAGUCAAUGGGCAGCUAUUACAGCUCGUGUCAUAAAGAACUACAAAUUCAUCAGCUGGGAUUGUUUCUUACCUACGCUCUUCACAAGAUACUUGAAUAUGUUUGAGGUUCCUGUGGCAAAUGGAAAUGGAGCAUAUCCUUUUUCUGUGGAUGUUCCCAGAAAUACAAGAUUUUUGUUCUCCAAUAAAACAGCCACCCCAGCAAAGGCCAUUGCAAAAUCAAUUGUACAUCUGUUAAAACCUUGUAGUCCAGUGCAGCAACACUUCGAGAAAUUGGUCAACCUCUUAGAACAAUAUUACCAUCCCUCUAAUGGUGGUCGGUGGACUUAUUCUUUAGAGCGGUUUUUGCUCUAUUUGGUAAUUACAUUCCAGAAACGCUUACAACAUGAGCAACAGAAUGAAGAGAACAGUAGGAAGGCUGAACUCUGUUUGGGACCAUCAGAAAGGGCUUUUUUUGUGAAUACGGUGCUGAAGUUAAUUGAUCGUGGUCAAUACAGCAAAAAUGAACAUCUUUCCGAAACAGUUGCAGCAGCAACUUCUAUUUUGUCUUAUGUGGAACCCUCUUUGGUUCUCCCAUUUUUAGCGUCUCGGUUCCAUAUGGCCUUGGAGACGAUAACAGCCACCCACCAGUUGAAGGCUGCUGUGACAUCAGUAGCAUUUGCUGCCCGAUCUCUAUUUCUCACAUCCUUGUCAUCUUCUCCAGUAAAACCAGAUGAUGUAGGUUGUAGUGAUGGGUUCGUUGAUCUUUUGAUGAUUUCAUUAUCCAAUGCACUACUUGGCAUGGAUGCCAAUGACCCACCUAAAACCUUGGCAACCAUGCAACUGAUUGGUUCCAUAUUUUCCAAUAUGGCUAUCAUUGAAGAUAAUAUGGAUGAGUUGUCGUUGAUGCCCACUAUCUGCUUUUCUGAAUGGCUUGAUGAGUUCCUAUGUCGCCUAUUUUCUUUACUUCUACACUUGGAACCUAGUAGUGUUCUGAAUGAAGGCCUUCAUUCAUCGGCUACAUCAGGAACUUUCCUGGUUGAUGAUGGUCCUUACUACUUUUGCAUGCUGGAAAUCUUGCUUGGACGGCUUUCAAAAUCCCUCUAUGACCAGGCUCUCAGAAAAAUUUCAAAGUUUGUCAAGACAAAUAUUCUUCCUGGGGCAAUAGCAGAGGUUGGACUGCUUUGUUGUGCAUGUGUUCAUUCAAACCCAGAAGAGGCAGUUGUUCACCUUAUUGAACCAAUCCUACUGUCUGUUAUAUCCUCUUUCAAGGGAACACCUACUACAGGUUUUGGAGGAGAAGGAAUUUCUGAUGCAUCAGUUUCUUCCAAGGUAAAACCCACACUUUCUCCAGCUCUCGAAACGGCAAUUGACUAUCAACUGAAAGUAUUAUCAGUUGCCAUCAGUUAUGGCGGUCCUGCCCUUCUUCGUUACAAGGAUCAAUUCAAAAAAGCUAUCGUGUCCGCCUUUGAAUCCCCAUCUUGGAAGGUUAAUGGAGCUGGCGAUCAUGUUCUCCGAUCCCUCCUUGGAAGCCUGGUUCUUUAUUAUCCUAUUGAUCAAUACAAGUGUAUUUUGCAUCAUCCAGCUGCCACUGCAUUAGAGGAAUGGAUCAGCACAAAAGAUUAUGAUGAUAAACCAUUUACAGGUCCUAAAUGGCAUGUCCCAAGUGAUGAAGAAGUUCAAUUUGCAAAUGAACUAUUAAACCUGCAUUUCAAAUCAGCUUUAGAUGAUCUUCUGAGAAUAUGUCAGACUAAAAUUCAUUCCGAUUCAGGGAAUGAGAAAGAGCACCUGAAGGUGACUCUUUUGCGGCUGGAUUCUUCAUUACAAGGUGUAUUGUCAUGCUUGCCUGAUUUUAGGUUGUCCUUUGGGAACGGGAUGGUUGAUGAUCUGGGUCAUAUACCUUUCUUAAUAGCUGGGGCAACUGGUGCUCGUGUUGGUAGUGCUGAACUUCGUGAAAAAGCAGCUGAUAUCAUACAUACAGCCUGCAAAUACUUAUUAGAGGAAAAAUCAGAUGACAGCAUCCUAUUACUGCUUAUCAUUCGUAUCAUGGAUGCCUUGGGAAAUUAUGGAAGUUCCGAAUAUGAUGAGUGGUCAAAUCACAGGCAGGCUUGGAAAUUGGAAUCUGCUGCCAUAAUAGAACCUCCAAUAAAUUUUAUUGUUUCGUCUCAUUCUAAAGGAAAGAGAAGGCCUAGGUGGGCACUUAUUGACAAGGCAUAUAUGCAUAGUACGUGGAGAUCAUCACAAUCAUCAUAUCAUCUCUUUCGUACAAGUGGGAAUACGUCUCCGUCAGACUUUGUGGUUCUUUUGAUGGAUGAUCUUCUUAAUCUCUCUUUGCAUAACUAUGAAACUGUGCGCAUACUUGCUGUAAAGGCCUUACUGAAGAUGAUGAAACGAUGGCCAUCAAUGAUUUCGAAGUGCGUGCUCAGUCUUAUUGAGAACAUACGGCAACCCAACUCACCAGAAUACGCAGUUCUGGGUUCUUGUGCAGUCCUUGCUUCGCAUACUGUUCACAAGCAUCUGACUAUGGAUGCAAAGUCAUUCUCUUCAUUUAUCCUCGGAAUUCUUUCAAGCUCCCAUCAUGAAUCACUGAAAGCUCAGAAAGCAAUCAAUGAGCUCUUUGUCAAAUACAACAUACAUUUUGGGGGAGUCCCUAGAAGCUUCCUUCGGACAUCAGACAUCAAUUCAGAUGGGACAGAUUUUGCUGAUUUGGUUUCUCAGAUUGGUUGUAUGAGUUUUGAAUCUACCAACUCGCAUUGGCGGUAUAAUCUGAUGGCUAACAGAGUUCUGCUAUUGUUGGCUAUGGCGUCUUCCAGGAGUGAUCCAAAUUCAUCUUCAAAAAUUCUUAGUGAAACUUCUGGUCACUUCUUAAAGAAUUUAAGAAGUCAACUUCCUCAGAUGAGAAUACUUGCAAUCUCUGCUUUAAAUAUACUGUUGAAAGAAUCACCUUAUAAAAUGCCAGCUGAGGAACGGCCUGAUUUUUCUGGGGAUAUUCAAGUACAUAACAAGUCCUCCAUUGAAGGAGCUUUAAGUCAAAUAUUUCAGGAAGAAGGAUUUUUUAGUGAGACUUUGAACUGUCUUUCUCAUGUUCAUAUAAUCACUGACAGUGAAAGUGCAGCUUCCCGAGGAAAUCAUGGAAAUUCUUCCUUUCAGAGUUUGGCUGACAAAUCUAUCACCCGUUUUUAUUUUGACUUUUCAUCUUCAUGGCCACGUACCCCCAGUUGGAUUUCUUUACUAGGAAGUGAUACUUUUUACUCAAACUUUGCACGCAUAUUUAAGCGCCUAUUUCAAGAAUGUGGAAUGCCAGUUUUAUUGGCGCUUAAAAGUGCAUUGGAGGAAUUUGCAAAUGCCAAGGAGAGGUCUAAGCAGUGUGUUGCUGCUGAAGUGUGGGCUGGAGUACUGCAUUCUGAUGUCAAUGGCCUUACAGAAGCAUGGGACAGCUGGAUGAUGGUUCAGUUACAGAAUGUCAUUCUUGCUCCAUCAGUGGAAUCUAUACCUGAGUGGUCAGCAUGUAUACGUUAUGCUGUUACUGGGAAAGGGAAGUAUGGAACAAACAUUCCAGUUCUGAGACAAAAAGUGAUGGAUUGUUUAGCUACCCCUUUACCUCCAACGGUAACUACAACUGUAGUUGCCAAGCGCUUAAUUUUUCUUUCAGCUGCUCUUAUAGAAGUAUCCCCACCAAGAAUGCCAGUGGUUGAAAUACAGCUCCAUAGGAAACUUCUGGAGGAGUUGUUGGGUAAUAUGAGUCAUUCAUCUGCCCAGGUGAGGGAAGCGAUUGGUGUUACCCUUUCUGUGUUGUGCUCAAACAUUCGGCUUCAUACAUCCUUCAGCGAUCAUCAUGCCGAUGGUGGUGACGAUUUCAAAAUUGAAGAGAGAAGUUGGGAUCAGUUUUUAGCAGAACGUGCAUCUGAACUUGUCACAAAUAUUCGGAAUGCUAGCCAGUCUGACAAAAUGGAGAUCUCAACAGAUACAAGUCCUGACAAUGGGAUAGUAAAUGGCGAUUCUAAAGAUGAUGUGAAGUGGAUGGAAACGCUGUUCCAUUUCAUUAUCUCAUCUUUGAAGUCUGGAAGAUCUUCAUAUCUGAUGGAUGUUAUUGUGGGUCUACUUUAUCCUGUAAUUUCUUUGCAGGAAACAUCAAACAAAGAUCUGUCAACCCUCGCCAAGGCAGCCUUUGAGUUGCUAAAGUGGAGGAUUUUAUGGGAACCCCAUCUCCAGAAAGCUGUAUCUGUGAUUCUCUCUUCAGCUAAUGAUUCUAACUGGCGGACCAGAUCAGCAACUCUGACAUUCUUGCGAACUUUUAUGUAUAGGCAUACUUUUAUUCUCUCUACUGUGGAGAAAAAACAAAUAUGGAGUACUGUCGAGAAGCACCUCACGGACAACCAAGUGGAGGUAAGAGAACAUGCUGCAGCAGUUUUAGCAGGCCUAAUGAAGGGUGGGGAUGAAAACCUAGCUGAAGACUUCCGUGGUAGGGCUUACAGAGAUGCAAAUGCAAUUCAAAAGAAGAGAAGACAGAGAAAUUCAAGUUCUGGUCUGUCCAUAGCUUCCAUACACGGUGCUGUACUUGCUUUGGCAGGUUGUGUUUUAUCUGUUCCAUAUGAUAUGCCCAGUUGGUUGCCUGAGCAUGUUACAUUGCUGGCUCAUUUUGUGGGAGAAUCGUCACCUGUGAAAUCUACGGUUACGAAAGCAGUUGCAGAGUUCCGGAGGACCCACGCAGAUACAUGGAACGUUCAAAAAAAUUCAUUUACUGAAGAUCAACUUGAGGUUCUGGCGGAUACAUCCUCUUCAUCAUCAUAUUUUGCUUGAUCCCUUUUUAAGAGAAGGGAUAUAAUAGGAAUAGGAUUCGACUAAAACAUUAUAAGAAGCUAUAUUGUCCUUGAUUUUAUAUUACGAUCAUUAAUAAAAUGGGUUUUAUUUACAUUUUGCAUCA